UCCGGGGCGGCGUGGAUGUGCAGAACCGGGCGGACGGCUCCUGUCAUCCGGUCUGGCGUCUUUACCUGUCGUCAGUCGGAAUGAAGCAGAGAUGAACCCGAGCGGCGCCACCGGACCGCAGGAAGGAUGAGUCCGUUGUGAUCGUCCCUCGUGGACCACAGGGGAGUUGAGGGGCCACGGUGUGAGCCUCUGCCGCCCUGCAGAUGGAGAGCUUCCACUGGGUGCAGCAUCGCUGCCGACAGCUGCUGUCGACUGACUCGAGCCGAGGCUGGUACUCGGCCCCGGCUGGUUCGGCCAACAAAAGCUCCUCUCAGGGCCCCAGUGGAAAAAGGAGAACUGUGUUUGCCUGCCAUGGCCCCCUCCAGCAGCAGUACGAAGCUCUGCCCAAGAAAUACCAGGGCAACGCCAUCUGCACCACCCAGUACAGCCUGCUGACCUUCAUCCCCAUGAACCUGUUCCAGCAGUUUCACAGGUUUGCUAAUCUGUAUUUCCUGUUCCUGGCUCUGCUGAACUGGGUCCCCGUGGUGGAAGCCUUUGAGAAGGAGAUCACCAUGAUUCCUCUGGUGGUGGUCCUCACCGUCAUCGGCAUCAAAGACGCCCUGGAAGAUUACAGACGCUACCUGUCCGAUAAGAAGGUCAACAACAACAUGGUGGGAGUCUUCUGUGGCCUGCAGAAGGACUACGUGGACCGCUGCUGGAAGGACGUGCGGGUCGGCGACUUCGUCCGCCUGUCCUGUAAUGAAAUCAUUCCAGCCGACAUGCUGCUGCUGUACUCCUCAGACCCCCGCGGGGUUUGUUACAUCGAGACCGCCAACCUGGACGGAGAGACCAACCUGAAGCAGAGGCAGAUGGUGUCGGACCUCCCCAUGCAGGACUCUGAGUUCAGCCCAGAGAACUUCCACAGUCGUAUUGAAUGUGAGAACCCCAACAACGACCUGAGCAGGUUCCGAGGCUUCAUAGAGCACUCCAGUGGAGUUCGAGUCGGCCUCCACAGCAGCAACCUCCUGCUGAGGAGCUGCACCAUUCGGAACACGGAAACCGUGAUCGGCAUUGUGGUUUAUGCUGGCCACGAGACCAAAGCCAUGAUGAACAACAGCGGGCCACGGUACAAGCGCAGCCUGCUGGAGCGCCGCCUGAACACGGACAUCCUGUGGUGUGUGUUCCUCCUCCUCGUCAUGUGUCUGAUUGCUGCUGUGGGUCACGGUCUCUGGCUGAAGGACCUCAAAGACCCCAUCUUUCAGGUUGACGGGGAGACGUCCCCCGCCCUCGCUGCCUUCUACGUCUUCUGGACAAUGAUCAUCGUGCUGCAGGUGCUGAUCCCCAUCUCUCUGUACGUGUCCAUCGAGAUCGUGAAGCUGGGUCAGAUCUACUUCAUCCAUAAUGACCUGGACCUGUACAACGAGGAGCAGGACUCCAGGAUCCAGUGUCGGGCUCUCAACAUCACAGAGGACCUGGGUCAGAUCCAGUACGUCUUUUCGGAUAAGACGGGAACGCUGACGGAGAACAAGAUGGUGUUCCGUCGCUGCAGCAUUUUUGGCGUGGACUACCCUCACGAGGAAAACGCUCGGAGGCUGGAGGUGUACGAGGAGGACCCCAACAAAGCUACCAGUCGGACCGUGACCCUCAAGUCGGCCUGCAGCCGGAAAUCUCUGACAUGCCGCUCCCUCAGCUGCAACCGCAGCUCCGUGUCUCUGCACACGCUCACCGCCGAGUCCGAGGAGGACGACCAGCUGUCCAGCCACCCGCAGGCCAAGACGGGCGCCUUCUGCAGCCCCAUGGCCAAGGACGUGGUACCAGACCCGGCCCUGGAGAAGAAGCUGAACUCUCUUCGCUCCCCUCUGCUGCACCUGAGUGACGGUUUGUUUAAGACCACCUCCAACCUGGAGCUCACCUACAUCACCGACUUCUUCCUGGCUUUGACCAUCUGCAACACUGUGGUGGUGUCCUCGCCUGGACAGCCUCGCCAUGUGAUGCGUGAGGCCCGGACCCCCCUCAAGUCCCUGGAGGAAAUCAAACUGAUGUUCCAACGCCUCAGCUUCUCCCCCUUCACCACCCCUCAGAUGAAGAGCAGUCCCCGCAGCUUCACCAGCAGGCUCUUCACUCGGGGCAAGACUGGCUCUUUGACCUUCCCGACUCCCAACAACAACACUAGCGACUGCCCGAACUCGGGACCCGAGAGCUACGAGGAAACCAGCAGCCUGAAGGUGGAGCUGGAUGUGUCUGCAGGAAGAGGAGAUCUCGUCUGGGCAGAUCCGGACUCCAAGGAGGCUCUGAAGGAUGCACAGAUCAGCUCAGACAGGUUUAAGGAGAACCUGGAGGAUGAAGACGACAGCUUGGGGGAGGACAGUGAGGACGAGCUGCUGUACGAAGCGGAGAGUCCGGACGAGGCCGCUCUGGUCCAUGCGGCCCGGGCGUACCACUGCACCCUCAGGGCGCGCUCCCCCGAAAACCUGCUGGUGGAGCUGCCAGGAAUCGGCUCACUGCCGGUGCGCUUGCUGCACGUCCUGCCAUUUGACUCCAACAGGAAGAGGAUGUCGGUGGUCGUGCGACACCCUCUCACCGGAGAGGUGGUGGUUUACACCAAGGGGGCGGACUCGGUCAUCAUGGAUCUGGCUGAGAGGCCUAAAGGUGCAGAACACGCUCAGGAGCUCUACAGCCACAUCGGACUCUGGACUGGGCUCUGCAAGACGACCUCAGGAGCAGCUUCCUGGAGCUGAGCCGCAAAUGCAAGGCUGUCCUCUGCUGCAGGUCCACUCCGCUGCAGAAGAGCAAGGUGGUCCAGCUGGUCCGGGACCAAUUAGAGGUCAUGACCCUGGCUGUGGGUGAUGGAGCCAACGACGUGAGCAUGAUCCAGGUGGCAGAUGUGGGCAUCGGCAUAUCCGGUCAGGAGGGAAUGCAGAUGUACGUCAACCUGCUGUUCUGGUACCAGUUCUUCUGCGGUUUCUCCGGGAACGUCAUGAUCAACUCUUGGGUGCUCAUCCUCUUCAACCUGCUCUUCACCUCCGUCCCUCCUCUGGUCUACGGAGUUCUGGAUCAGGACACUGCUGCAGACGCUCUUCUGGAGCAUCCUGAGCUGUACCGGGAUGCACGCUCCUCCAAGGUCUACGUUCCCUCCAUUUUCUGGAUCACAGUCCUGGACGCUUUCUACCAAAGCUGCAUUUGCUUCUUCAUUCCUUAUUUUGCUCUGGCAGGGUCGGAUGUUGGCAGUUUGUCCUUCGGCUCCCCGAUCAACACCUCGGCUCUCUUCAUCAUCCUGCUGCACCAAGUCAUCGAAAGCCACACACUGACGUGGAUUCACGCGCUCGUCUUGUUUCUCAGCGCUGCUUCCUAUUUCGCCUUUGUGCUGCUCUUCAGCACCUUCUGCACCGUCUGCAGCCACCCCACCAACCUGCUGGGGGUGGAGCCUCGACAGCUGAGCACGCCCCUCUUCUACAUCAUCUGUGCUGUCACCACGGUGACGGCCCUGAUGCCCAGGAUUUUGUUCCGCUCCCUGUUCAACACCGUCCACCCCUCCACUCUACUGACCGAGGACCAAAGACAGGAAGCAGCCUCAGAGUCGUACCGCCGGAGGAUGCAGCGCUGGAACCAGAACCAGGCCAGAGCCGGGCUGCAGGUGUGCGCCGACAACCCCGGCCUGGUGCGUGGCCAGGAGGAAGUGGUGUCAUGACCACGCGUGCUGGUGACGUGGGUUUGUGGUGGACCCUCCUGCCUCCCGCUCUCAGAACCGAAGCGAACUCCGGUCUGGACGGGAAGCUGCCGUCGGGAACGGAGCGUGCUCAGGCGGGACGUGUUUACAUGGCUGUCAGCUGUUUGACUGUUACGAUGACGGCCCGCCUCUGCUCCUGUUUACUCGCCGAGCUGGACUCCGUGAAGCUGCAUGGAGCUGAGGCUUCGGGCUUCCUAAAGCGCUUCAGUAACAUAUCAGCCAAACUGAAGAUGAUCAGGACAAUGUUCAAAAAGUUAACACUUUUGUUUUUUGUUUUUAACUUUUAUUUGUAAUAACUAACCGUUAAAUGUUUUAUAUAUGGAAGUUUGUUUAAAUCAGACUCCAUCUAUCUAUUUUCAAAACUCCUGAGUCCCUUUUGGGAUCACGAAGCUGCUGGAGCCUAUCCUGUUAAAUCAAGGAAGAAAACCAGGGAGGUUCUGAUGAGACGGCAGGGUUCUGAUGGACCUCUGAGCCAGGCAUCAGAGCCCGUCCUCUCAGGAGAAAGUGGCCUUACGACUCCACCAAACACAAACGCUGCAAUAGAAGUUUUUAUGGGAUUAAUGUUUUCAAUCAUGAAUGCUUUUUCAAUAAACAGCUCUUUGAAUUUCA